AUGGAGAAUCAUCCGCCCUCACCACAAGCGCAAGCAUGCAGCUCUGCCAAUCCUCCCACCGAAAGUUCCUUUAGUUUUACGCCAAUCAAGGCACUGAGUGCGUUGCCGCGACUGUGGGAUCGCAAACCUUCGACGCCUGUUCGCGGCGGAGACAAGACGCGCAAGCUCUGGAAACGCAUUCGUCUUCCCUUUACUGGCAUGAUGACUGCAACAGAAGGCGCGCGGUCGGGCAUAGGCGCCUCGAAGAACUCGGACUACCAGCGUGGCGUGAAGCGCCUGUGUGUUGACCCCGCCGACGCCGACCGCGAAACCGAGCCCGAGCAACGCGGUCGGUCUUUCCUUGAAACUAAAUGGGAAAUGCAAGCGUCCCGGAAAAAACGUAAAAUGCCGGAGUUCGACUUCAACAUCCACCAGGAUCAGCCCCAGGGUGUGUUUGGCUUUACUGCAAACCAGAACGCGCCUGUUGUUGGAGACGCAGCCAUGAAUGGGCUGCCCCACUCGCUCAGCGAUCUAUUGGAGACUUCCAAAACGCCUGUCUACAAUGAUGCCAUGGCCGAGGACCAGAAUCUGACAGCAUAUGACGCAAACACACCGGAGGAUCUGGAGUCUAGGCACUCCAGCCAAGACGCCCCGACCGUGAUUGAGAAUGCGGGAGAGGACAAGAGCCACGUCGUAUCAAAUGCGGAGCCUAUGCAAGACCUGACGCAAGAGCAGGAGGUGAAGUUGGUUCGAUCGGCACUGCGAAGCUCCUUGGAUGGAGAGGAUGCCGAGCUACUCAACGAUUUCCUAUCCAAAGCAAAGGCGAAGCGAGCCGCCAAGGCAGCCGAUCCUGAAGACGCUGAAGCAAUGGAUGCGUCUUCCAGCCCAGAAGUGUCGCCCGAGAUUGAAUGCUCAACACCACGAUCGCGCCGCGCAUUGGAGGAACUGACCACUAAUUCACCUUCGCCCGUCAAGCUGCACAUCUCGCCUAGUAAAUAUGACAUGAAGCGUGGUACCGAUGGUGCCGAGGAUCAGGAGAAGACCAUUUUCAAAGAGAUCAAGGAAGAACAGGCUCCUUCAAGUCCCGCAUGCCGCCGCAGUUCUCGCACCAAGGGCUCGAAUACCCCUAAUGUGCGCAACACCAUCUCACUUCGCCGGGCCAAAGGUACAGAAUUCAUUUUUCUGCAAAAGACCGAGGCCCAGCAAGUAGCCUUGGCCACAAAGCGAAACACUCGGCUCAAUAAGGGCAAAUCUGUUUCUCCCAAUAUCGCUCUUGAAGCGCUGGCUCAACAAUCGAGUGCGGAGAAAAUCCAGUCAGAUGACCAACAAGAUGAGAAUUCGCGCAAUGGACCUAACUUCAAUGGGCCAUCGAAGUCCCGAAAGCAAGUGUCAUGGAAUGAAGAGCGCAUGGCCGAGUACGAAGAAUACAAGGAGAUACCCGACGACCAAGAAGAUGAAGCGGAGGGUGAUAGAUGCACGAAUGACGUGGGCACAACGCCUGGCCCGCGACCAGAAAGCAAGCGCUCAGCGAAGAAAGCAGAGUCCAGCAAUCGCAGCAGCCGUAGCCGAACGCAAAAAGCAGGCGAACAUGCUGACGGUGGGGCCCCUGAGAGCGACUUGACCGCCCCGACUACUGCACCCGCUCCUGCAACCUCACGCUCACGCCGGGUGAGGCGUUUGGGCGACUCGGGGAUUAUGGGGGCGGGUACUCCAGUUAAAACUGGAACUCGUAGGACAAGCAAGCCUCCCGCAGCCUCGGCAGACGCCGUGGCUGCUGCAGGCCCCUCCACACCUAUCAAGGGCCGCCGCAAGCUUGCUCCCAAGUCUCCCAGAUCAUCCAAGCUCCCCGCGCCAGCUUCUAAAAGUGUUGCUGACACCACUGAUCAGCCCUUCGUCAGUGCCAUCCCCACUCGCAGCUCGAAGACCGCAGAUGAGGUGCAGCGCAAGAGUAUGCUGCAGAUGAGCGCAGGAUGCACACCCACAGCUCGGCGCGUUCGGUCCAGAUCCUGA